AUGGCAUCCAAUGCCCUCAAUCGCUACUGCCAAAUCAUGCAAGAUAUAGAAGAACUGGUCAACGAUCACAUCCUCCAAUCGAGAAAUGAGCAAGGCAGCAUAUCUAAGCUCAAACUCCUCGUCCCAUCCGUCGGUCUUUUCUUCACACCUCUACCACUCCAAGACGCCUUCCGAUACCAAGAUGCCCAGAGACGAAUCUCGAGUCGGCGCUUCGUAGCGCCCAGCUUCAACGACAUACGUCUCGUCCUGAACACAGCCCAAGUCAUGUCUUUGGUCCGCAACUCGCGCCUCGAACUCGUCACUUUCGACGGGGACGUUACGCUCUACGACGACGGUGAAGUGCUCAAACCAGAGGACCCAUGCAUCGAGCGGAUCAUAACAAUGAUGCGCAUCGGGACUCGUAUCGGUCUUGUCACAGCAGCAGGCUACACAGAAGCAAAGGAGUAUCAUCGACGCUUUGCAGGCCUACUAGAUGCCAUUGCCGCAAGCGAUCACAGCCAUAAACUCGAACACAAGCUCGUGGUCAUGGGAGGCGAGAGCAAUUUCAUGUUCACGUACACACCCACAGCACCUUACAAGCUCGAACAAGUACCCGACGCUGACUGGCGACUCCCUGAGAUGGAAACCUGGACGCAUGAAAACGUCAACGCUCUGCUCGAUGUUGCAGAGCAAGCUCUAAGAGACUGCAUCAAGACUCUAGCCAUCCCCGUCUCCGUCUUGCGGAAAUCUCACGCUGUGGGCAUCUACCCAGAGAAAGGCACAAGACUCAGCCGGGAGAUCUUGGAGGAGACAGUGCUAAAUGUGCGACAACUCAUCUCCGCCUCACUAGCAGGCCAACGCAUACCCUUCUGCGCCUUCAAUGGCGGCAACGAUGUCUUCGUCGACAUAGGAGACAAGAGCUACGGCGUGAUGGCGUGCCAGAGGUAUUUUGGUGGGAUCGAGGCGGCCAAGACUUUACAUGUAGGUGAUCAGUUUCUGAGCGCUGGAGCGAAUGAUUUCAAGGCCAGAUUGGCGUGUUGUACGGCUUGGAUAGCUAGUCCAAAGGAGACAGUACAACUGCUUGAUGAAGUCGUGGAGCUGGGGGGGCACACUCCAUGA